CGCACUCCGCGCCUCUCCUCCGUGAGGAGCACGGGUGUCCCACGUGGCUCCCACCCGGGCGCCCCUCCCCGGGCCUGCAUCGGCCCCUGGCCCGAGCGUGUCCCGCCGCGCGCUCCUCGCCGCGCUCGCCGCCUCUGUUCCGUGAGGAACACAGGUGUCCCACAUGACUCCCACCCGGGCGCCCCUCCCCGGGCCUGCAGCGGCCCCUGGCCCGAGCGUGAUUCGCCGAGAGCCCAGCCCGAGUGGUCUCCACGCCGCAGGAGCCUGCGUUCCGGGGCGUGGUUAGCUGCGUCGGAAAGGCGCCGCUUCCUUCCUCGCGCUCGCAGGAGAGGAGAAGCCCGGCCCCCGGGCGAACAAGCCCGGCGUGCCGAGACCACUGGCCCCGCGCGAACGCGGCGUCGGGACGGCGGGUUUUGUUCGGCAAUGUUUGCGCUCCACCUGAGUGCGGUCGUGGGGCCCGGUCGUCUCUCCGGGAAGUCGGCGUUCCGGGCAAAGCGCACCUGGCGCGCGCCUCCUCCGGGCUCCCCGCUGUCGGCCCCGGGCGAGCCGGCGGGGUUCUUGGGAGGCAGCGCGCGGCGGGCCCGGGAACGGCCCCUCUCAUGGGUCCCCGGCAGCGGAGCACCGAGCGGAGGGGCGCGGACCGCAGUGCCCCCAUCCCUCCCUCUUCAGGAAGUCCACGUGAGCAAGCAGACCAUUGGGAAGAUUUCAGUCGCCAGCAAAAUGAUGUGGUGCUCGGCUGUGGCGGACGUCCUGUUUCUGAACGAUGGCUCUCACAGCAUUGGGAAAGGGAGCUUUGAAAGGUGCAAGCACUUUGCCGUCACGGUCUGUGAUGCUCUGGACAUCAACCCCAGGAGGGUCAAGGUGGGAGCCGUCCAGUUCAGUUCCGCCCCUCGUCUGGAAUUCCCCAUGGAUGCAUUUUCAACCCAACGGGAAGUGAAGGCAAGAAUCAAGAGGAUGGUUUUCAAAGGAGGACGUACAGAGAUGGGCCUUGCUCUGAAAUACCUUCUGCAUAAAGGAUUCCCUGGGGGCAGAACUGCCUCUGUGCCCCAGGUCCCCAUCAUUGUCACUGACGGGAGGUCCCAAGGGCAUGUGGCCCUGCCAGCCAAGCAGCUGAAGCAAAGGGGCGUCACCGUGUUUGCUGUGGGGGUCUGCUUCCCAAGGUGGGAGGAGCUGCGCACGCUGGCCAGCGAGCCAAGGGAGCAGCACGUGCUGAUGGCCGAGCAGGUGGAGGACGCCGCCCACGGCCUCUCCAGCACCCUCGGCGGCUCUGCCACGUGCACCAUUGCCUCUCCGGACUGCAAGGUCCAGUCUCACCCCUGUGAGCGCAAGACGCUAGAGAUGGUCAGGCAGCUUGCCGGCCAGGCCCCGUGCCGGAGGGGAUCUCGGGGGACCAAGGCCGUGCUGGCUGCUCUCUGUCCCUUUUCCAGCUGGAAGAGAGUGCUCUUAACCCACCCUGCCACCUGCUACAGGACCACCCGCCCAGGCCCCCGUGACUCGCAGCCCUGCCAGAAUGGAGGCACGUGUGUUCCAGAAGGACUGGACCAGUACCACUGCCUCUGCCCGCCAGCCUUUGGAGGGGAGGCUGACUGCGCCCCAAAGCUGAGCCUGGAGUGCAGAGCCGACGUCGUCUUCCCGCUGGCCGGCUCGGCGGCUGCCACCCCGGAGGGCUUCCUGUGGACCAAGGCCUCUGUGAAGCGGUUCGUGCCGGGGGCGCUGAGCGAGGGCUCCCGGGCAUGCAUGGGUGUGGCCGUGCCCGUGGGCGAGUACCGGGACGCGGACCUGGUCAGGAGCCUCGACGGCCUGCCCUUCGCUGGCGGCGCCAUCCUGACAGGCCACGCCCCGCAGCAGGCGGCGGAGCGCGGCUUCGGGAGCACCGCCGGAACGGGCCUGGACCGGCGCCGCAGGGCCGUGGUCCUGAUGACCGAGGCGCGCUCUCAGGACCAGGUGGCCGGCCCGGCGACUUUCGCCAGGGCCUGGGAGCUGCUCCUGCUGGGCGUGGGCAGCGAGGUCGUGCGGGCAGACCUGGAGGAGGUCACUGGUAGCCCAGCGCGCGUCAUGAUCGACGCCGGCCCGGAGGACCUGUGCCGCCAAAUCCCGAAGCUGCGGGGAAAGCUGUGCAGCCAGCAGCGCCCAGGCUGCCAGGCCCAGUCGCUGGACCUGGUCUUCACGUUGGAUGCCUCGGCCUCUGUGGGGCCCGAGGACUUCGCCCAGAUGCAGAGCUUCGUGAGAAGCUGUGCCCUCCGGUUUGACGUGAACCCUGACGUGACACAGAUUGGCCUGGUGGUGUAUGGCGGCCAGGUCCAGACAGCCUUUGGGCGGGACCCCACCUCACCAGCGCUGCGGGCCAGGAGCCAGGCCCCCUACCUGGGUGGGGUGGGCUCGGCAGGCAUGGCCUUGCUGCACAUCUAUGACAAGGUGAUGACGGUCCAGAGGGGCGCCUGGCCUGGUGUCCCCAAGGCUGUGAUGGUGGUCACGGGUGGGAGGGCAGAGGAUGUGGCCGUCCCUGCCCAGAAGCUGAGGGACAACGGCGUCUCUGUCUUGGUGAUGGGCGUGGGGCCUAUCCUGAAGGAGGCACUGCAGAGGCUCCCACAUCCCUGGCACUCCCUGAUCCACAUGGCAGCCUACGCAGACCUGAGGCACCACCAGGACACGCUCAUCGAGUGGAUAUGCAGAGAAGCCAAGUGGCCAGUUAACCUCUGCACACCCAGCCCGUGCAUGAGUGAGGGCACCUGCGUCCUGCACAACGGGAGCUACCGCUGCGGGUGCCGCGAUGGCCGGGAGGGCGCGCACUGCGAGAGCCAUGAGUGGGGCACCUGCGUGCACUUGGGAGCUGGGGUGCUGUUCUGAGAGUCCUGAGCCCCAGGGCCACAGCCAAAGGAGGCUCUAGGGCAUCAGUGAAAGGAAUCAAUCAUUUGUUCGUUCAUGCAGGAAACAUUCAGUGGGUGCCUCCUACAUCCCAGGUGCUAUUCUAGGUGCAGGGAACAGAGCAGGAAGCAGGACAGAGAAUCUCUGUCCUCGUGGAGCUUCCAUUCUAGUGAGGGAGACAGCAAAUAAGUACAGCACGAAGUGUAUUAUAUGGUGCUGAGCACACACUCUGAUUGAUGAAAAUUGAUGACUGGGAGGGAGGAGCAAGUGGACCCAGACUAACUGAAAGGCAGGCAGAGGAUGUGGCACGGGUACAGGUGGGUGGGUAGAUGUGGCGGUGGAAGUCGGUGGGAGUUCCGAGCGUUUCUUUUUUUUAAAAAUGUUGAGCCUUCUUUUUUUAAUUUAUUUUUAUUUUUGGCUGUCUUGGGUUUUUGUUUCUGUGCAAGGGCUUUCUCUAGUUGUGGCAAGCGGGGGCCACUCUUCAUCGCGGUGCACGGGCCUCUUACUGUCGCAGCCUCUCUUGUUGCGGAGCACAGGCUCCAGACGCGCAGGCUCAGUAGUUGUGGCUCACGGGCCUAGUUGCUCCGCGGCAUGUGGGAUCUUCCCGGACCAGGGCUCAAACCCGCGUCCCCUGCAUUAGCAGGCAGGUUCUUAACCACUGCACCACCAGGGAAGCCCCCGACCGUUUCUGUUUGCUCAGCUGAGAGAGAGGAUGGGGAGACAUGGAGGUUGAGGAGGGAAGAGAACUAGUAACUGUCUAGGAGAGAAGGGGCCCAGAGUGAGGACGUAGAGAAUGAUUGUUGGGCAGCACUCUGGCCCACCUGUGGCCGCCGUUCAUGAAUUUAAAGUUAGAACAGCAGCGGCAGCCAGAGGAUGAUUCCCACUGGAGCCCUGGGUUUUCAGGCACUGGUAGAGGUGGGCUUCCUGAUACCAGGCGUGAUGUGAGGGGCACCUCUUCCUUGGCUUACGGAGUAAGAGCAAGGCAUGAUGGGGCCCGUGAGGCAGCUAGUUGGUUGAGAAGAGGACUCAGACAAUCCUCGUGUCCUCAAAGUUCACUUCUUUCCCAGGGACCUUGAGAGGAGAUGCCCCCAAGGCACGUGGCCCCAGCCGAAAGCCUGCAGGAGGGCAGCAGCUGCCCCCCUCCCGGCUGCUACAAGAAGGCCUGGGUUCCCUGGGCGCUGAAAGGGGGCCUGCCCUCAGUGGAGCAUCCUGUCCUGUGGGGUCCUUUGCGUGUCUGCCUUCAGCCCUGUCCAGAACCCUCCUGCCCACUCUCCUGACCCAGGGAGAAGAGAGGGCCCAGCUGCAGACGGUGCUGCCUAGGGACACAGUAGCAGCUGAUAUCGCCCCUAACGACGAUGUUGAAAAUUCUUCAGGUGUAAGUACUUACUUUGCUGACCUAGUUGAACGCUGCUGAGCUGGUGUCAUCUGCCACCUUUCCCCUGAGGAGGAACAGAGGAAACUGGAGACUUUCGAUGGCCUGUUUGAAGCUCACUUUUCCCACAACAGAUGCUAAGUAGAACGUUGUUGGGACAGUCAUGCCCAACAGAAGGCAGUGAUGAGAGUGUCACUCGGACCCCCGACGUGAUGACACUUCAAGAUAGACAAAGGGUGGACCUUGAAACACAUCUUUCUCCUAAGAUGUCCCAGAGGGAUUCAUUCUUAGUUUGAAAAGGGGCUUGAGUGGCAUUUGUGACUAGUUUUGGUGACUGGAUCCGCGUGUGGGAGUUGGAAAGGCCCCAGACUGGAAGGUGACUGAUUAACCAGCUGUUUGGCCUUGGGGGAGGGGCUGAGUGUGCAAACGGCCCUGGUCUCCAGGGGCCACGUGAGCUGGGCCUGGGCACUGGGCAGCAUUCCCUUCGAGGGGCUUCUCAGCCUUUACUUAGGAGGGUUAAUUGCGGGGUGUUUCUUGAGUGCUUGUCUUACUCUGCCCUUUGGGGGCAAAAAGGAGUAGAAUUCUUAAACUCAAUCAAUAUAGAACAAAGAAACUUGGAGGAGUUUUGUUUUUUUAGGCGUAGAUCUUAUUCUGCUUGGUUUUAGGUUUUUUUUUUAGACCUGGUUUUGAAAGGAAUAUUUCAAGAAGUAAUGUUGGUUAUUUAUUUAACAGGAGUUUUUGUACCUAAAUGGCAAAGAGGCUUAGUUGGAAUAUUUUUUUGGUGAACUGGUUAUUUCCUUACCCCACAGUAUUUAGGAAUCAGUUCUCCCCCUGGGUGGUCGUGUUGGGAGUUGGGUUUUUGGUAGAAGCCUUUGUAGAUCUCUGAUUUAAAUCCAAAUACUUUAUCACAGUUCUUAUUUUUAAAGUAAAUACCUUAAUGUGAUGUUUUAUAGGCAAACAUUCAAGGCUACCUUGGUUUAAGUAUUGCUUAGCUUUAAGAACUUUAGGAUUUCUGGUGCAAGAAAAGUACUUGAAAGGUCACCACCAUGGUUCUGUUAGACGUUAAAAAGUCCUGUGUGCCGAGCACUGUGCAUGACAGUCAUUUGCGUUCAAGGGAUAUUUUCAUUCCUAUUAUUGCUUUUGCCUUGGCAGAAGGUGACAUCAGAGCAGGGUCACAUGCCCACCUGGCAGGUGCUGAUAGGUGAUAUCUGAAUUUACAUGAACCCCUUUAUAUUAACAGCAGUUUAAUCGUUUCAUAGUGUAGGCUUUUUGUCUGGUUCAGGGCUGACAUUUUGAUGUCCCAUUUGAAUUGGACUUAAAAAACCCCCCACAAAACUGUGGUCCCUGGGCUUACAUAUCAAAGCCUUUACUGUUGCUAUUUUUAGGUCCCAGCCCUUGAAACUUUACCUUUUCUAGUGAAGGUGUGAAGAGUUCAACCCUUUUGGGGUCCCAGUAGCGGCAGAGGGAAUUCCUAACAAGAUAGCCUUAAGUGAUCUUUUCCCAGCCAACCCUUUUUCUUUCUUUUAAAAUAAAUUGGCUUUUAAUUACACAUGUAAUAUAUAAAUAUGUUCUCCUUGGAAAAACUUAAACACUGCAGAUAGAUCAUAAAUCUUUUAUUUUCUCCAAAUGAUCCUUAUUCCAGCCAACUUGCUAAAUGCUCUAGUUCUAAUAGUUGAUUAUUUGAUUCUCUUGCUUUUUUAGAAAGACAGCAUUUACAAGUAAUGACAGGUUUGUCUCUUCCUUUUGAAAUCUUAUACUGCUUUUUCUUGUCAUCUUGCAUUGUCUAGAACCUUCAGAAUAAUGUUUUAAGAAGUAGUGGUAACAGCAUGCAUCUGGUUCUUGACUUGAAGGGACUUUUUCAUCAUGAUGUUCUGUGGAUUACUUGAUAAGGAAUGUUUACUUCUAUUCCUAGCUUACAAAGAGUGUUUAUUAGGAGUGUUGAGAUUUGUGUUUUGCUUUUCUGCUUCCUUUCAGAAGAUGUUUUUUCACAUUUAAUCGGUUAAUAUGAUAAAUUACCCAUUAGUAUAUUUUCAGUUGUUGAAUCACCUUUGAUUUCUUGGGUGAAUGCUGUCUGGUCGCAAUACCUGAUUCUCUAAGCACUGUUGAAUUUCAUUUGCCACUACUUUAAAGCUUUUGUUCAUCUGUGUUCAAAAAUGAGAUUUUCUUUUGCAGUAUGUGUUAGCAUAGCUCUGAUACAAAAUUCUAACUUUCUAAAAUGAAAAAUAUAUAGUCCUCAGACUUUCAAGCUGCUAUAUUCAUAGUGUUUUCUUAUAAUUUCAAAAGUCUUGUCAGUAUCUCUACUUAAGGCCUCCUUUUCAGUUCUGCCAUUUAAUACUGCCCUAGGCUGUCUUUUUAUUGUAUUCGCCUUUUCAAUGAGCCAGAAGUUUGGUUUUCUCAUUUUUUAAAAAUUUAUUUAUUUAUUUUGGCUGUGUUGGGUCUCCGUUUCUGUGCGAGGGCUUUCACCAUUUGCAGCAAGCGGGGACCACUCUUCAUCGCGGUGCGCGGGCCUCUCACUAUCGUGGCCUCUCUUGUUGCGGAGCACAGGCUCCAGACGCGCAGGCUCAGUAAUUGUGGCUCACAGGCCCAGUUGCUCCGUGGCAUGUGGGAUCCUCCCAGACCAGGGCUCGAACCCGUGUCCCCUGCAUUGGCAGGUAGAUUCUCAACCACUGCACCACCAGGGAAGCCCUGGUUUUGUCAUUUUUAAAACCAGCAUGUUUAUGCUAUAAACUUUCUUAAUUAUUACUACUAAGGCACCUUUCCCAGUACUGGUACCUUUUUUUCCCCCAGGAAUUAUUUAGGAGUGUGUUUAAUUUCUAGGAGUACUGAUUUUCAACCACUUAUAUAUGGUCAGCCUCUAAAGAUGUUUCCCUUGUGUUAAUUUUACUAUUAAAAUCUUCUUUCAGCCUUACCUAUGCUACUUGAGUUAAGGAGGCUUAAAGUCUCCUGCUAAGAGCCCACCUUGUAGUUCUACCAGUUUUUACUGCACAUAGUGUGAAGUUCAGUGCAUAAAUAACCAUGAUGUUUCCCCCCUUUAAGUAGAAGUCUGCCAGGCCUUGCCCCAUGUCUUUCCAUGAAAUACAAGAAAAUCCAAAAUACAAUUAACAUUUUAUUAAAAAAAAAAAACCAAAACUAACUCACCACUUGGGACACCAAGUGUUUAUGACAAAGGAAAUAAAUGCCCUGGGAUUAGAAAGACAAUAAGACUCAAAAGACCUUUAGUUCUCAGGAACCAGUGUUAAAGAACUCUGAUUCAGAACCCCCAGAAAUGAGGCUGAGAGAUGACAGGUGAAAUGUUCCAACCUGUGUUAACCAGUGCCAUCAGAAGAGAAGAACGGGCAACACAAAGAACAGCACUGCCAAUUUUAAGAGAAGAAAGAGACCACCAGAAACAAAACUCGCCCCUCUUUUUCUUGGAUAAGGGCCUGGACAUCGAGCACAACUUAAAAAAACAGGGACUAAGAGAACAUUAUACUAAGUAACUCUUCUCUUAGAAAUCGCCUCACCGCAGGACUGAAUCUGUAAACACAGGGUAAUCUUGUUUCUAUGGUAAUGUAAAAUGUCAGUUAAAUCUCAACAGUCACUUUUCACUGUUCUAAAUUACAGGAUUUGAAACUUUUUUUUCUAUGUAAUACAGCAUCACUUAAAAUUUUAUUUAAAAGCAAUUGGUUCUGGCCUGCUUUAGCCUGAAAAAAGUCCUUAAUUUACUGGCAACAGUGCCUCAGCUUGGUCCCAAAUGUUUUCCCCGUUACCAUUUCUCAAAAAACCAUAGAUGGCUUUACACAGUUGAAGACAAGGACGGUUUAACCCCUGACGCUGCUAAGAAUCAGAUAGGGGUUUAGACCUUCUCAAUCACCAAAGCCAUGUGACCAGUGGGACAGGGCCCUGCUACCUUAAUUUCUCUUCCACCAAAGUCUCCAUAUCAGAAUCUUUUCACUUAAAAAGCUUGAUAAAGCAAUUGCUGAAAACUUCAAGGAAGAAACACAGAAUACCCCUAAAUACAGCAAUGUAAUGUUUACAACCAAUAGACUUAGGUCUCCAAACAAGUCUUUUUUGUUGUUGUUGUCGUAUUACUUCCUUUGGCUCUGCAAAGGGACAGAGCCUCCUCUUAGCUGAAGUUUUCCAUUCAUAGAACCCCAGUCCUUCCUUUUUCUUGUAAACAGACUCACCCUUUUACAGAGUUGCUGCUUUAACGAAGACUGUAAUGAAGCAGGAUUGUCACCAAGGUCCAUAUUGACAGGAGAGUCUCUAGAUGAAGUUUGUUUCCUAACUUGCUCCUUUCUUCUCCCAUUCCUAGGGUACCAUUCAAACACCAGCAUCCCCCCAAAAGAAGAAAGUUAGUUAUCCUCCGUAGCCAACCUACAUAUUCCUAGAAGAAGCUAGGAAUAGAGACGCCAAUUAAGUAAGGUUCAACCCCUGCGUGUCCCCCACUGCUUGGAGCACGUGUUCAGAGAUUUCUGAGGCCCUGGAGCAGCAGAGAGGGAGGACUGCGGUCCUCAGGACCUGCGGCAAACAGCCGUGACCACGACCUCUGCCCUGGCCGUGCCUCCCCACUCCCACCCAGCCAGAGGGCCAGCGGUACCUCGAGCUUGGCCAGCUCCUCGCCAUCGUGGAGGAUGCGGAAGGAGUAGAGGUGGUCGGGGCUCGGGUCCGGUACCACCUCACAGCCCACCAGGCUGAGGGGCUGCUGGGCCGCCUUGCUGCGGUUCCGGUCCUGGUAGAAGUACAGGUGACUGUCCCUGACGGAGCACCAGCGCGACUUCCACUGGCUGUUCACCAGCACGUUCAGGUAACCUGUGGGGUGGGAGGCGGCUUCAGGGCGGGUGCGUGGCUGAGGGCCGCCCUUGCUCCCGGACCCCUGGAGAGGCUCCUCCAGUUCUCAGCUCCAAGGCUUGCCAUGCUUUGCCCGAGAGACUUUCUUGCCUCGUAGAGGCUGUGAAUUCUCCUUUGUGUUAGCUGCUGGAUCCUUUGAAGGUGGGCAGCACCGUGCUACUGGGUUUUGAGAAAGGCCUGUCCGGAGGGAAGUGAGUCGUGCCUUGGCCUGGACCAGGCAGAGAGCGUGUGUGUGUGUGUGUGUGUGUGUGUGUGUGUGCGCGUGUGUGGGUGUGCGUGCGUGUCUGCGUGCCUGUGCGCGUCUGCGUGCAUGUUUGUGCAUGUGCGUGUGUGUCUGUGUGUGUGUGUGCAGGACCGAGGCAGGCACCCCCACCCCGGCCUCCUUGUCUCCCUUCCCCCGCCCUUGCCAGCCCAGGCCACCUGCAGGAAGCUCGCCCCAGCCUGGGUGUCCUGGCCGCAGAUGCGACCCCCUCACCUCCACAGCCUUAGUUCCCUCAGCUCCCCUGACACCUUGCCGUCCCCAGUCGCUGGGUCUCAGCCUGCAAAGGCCCCUCCCCCCUCAGCCAGCUCCUCCACGUCCUCCCAGAGGUGGCUGGCCCUCCUGGGUCCUGCCCUCCCUGCACGGUCGGCCUUCAGAACACUUGAGUCCUGGAACAGCGACAUUCUCCACUUCCAUGUCAGCCUCCCAACGGGACACAGAGCUUGUGAAGGGCAGGAACUUGCCACGUUCGUCUCCAGCGCCUGGUUCUGUGCCCCUUGGCCUCUCCACCAGGCAGCCCUUCUUUCUCCACCGGCACACAGGGGCUGCCAGUGCCGGGGUGCGUCCAUCACAUAGGCCUUUCUUGUUUUUAAAUGGUUGCAUGUGUUGGGUUCAGCUUCCUCCCAACUUAGGUGAAUAUUUACGGAGCUGACACCGUGUGCCAAGCACAGCCUUGUCCCUGGGGCUGGAAAGAUCAGUAAACAUCCAGUCUCGGGCCCCUCUGCCUGCCCCACACACCGUGGGUCGGCAUCUCUCUGUGCUGCUCACCUUCCCACGGGCACUGGCUUACAAAGCGGAUGCCUUCUCCAUCCUAAGGGACCGGCAGCUGCUCUGAACCUUAGCCGGGAAGAACUAGGCCCAUGCAACAGGGUCAAAGUACACGGCCACCUUCGCACCCAGUCCAGUGCUGGACACUCAGUGGGGAUCGUGAAUUUCUCAGGGCCACGAGACCAUCACAUCACAGUAGCAAAGUGGAAGAAUGUGAGCCCAGGACCUAGGAACUCUGGCUCAUUCAGGCAGGCGCCCCACUCGCCCAUCACGAUUCUCUGGACCAGAGAGAGGCAGGGAGCUCGGGCACCGAGUCCUGGGAAGGAGAGUAGCUAUGUUCUCUCUGGCCCUUCCCCAGCCACAGGGGACAGGAGCGUGCUUCCCUGCUGAGUAACGGCCAGCAAGAACCCAGCCACAUCGCGCAAAGCGACUCACUGGGACCAGGCUCCCAGGCCCAACACCGUGCCCUCUGAGGCCACAGGGCCUGGCAGAGCUGGGCCGUCACCCCGCAACCUGGCCAGAGAACCAGGAGACUCCAAAGGCAGGGCCCUGUCUGCUGCCUUCCUGUCGCUCCAGCCCACCCUGCCAGCCGCAAAACACAGAGCUGAACUGGGACUCAGGAAGAGAGCCCAGGGCUGGUACACGGGUUCCAUGAGGAGGAGGAAAAGGCCCAAAGAUGGAGAGUAGUGGCCUUCAGGCUCCGGGGCGUAAGUAUAGCAAUGAGCUUUGAGUUGGAAGCCAGGAUGUUUUCUGGGAAAGGUCUCGCUCUCUCUGUCUCUCUUUCCUGUCAUCAGUUUCCUCAAGGCCAAGUAAGGGCAGCAGAGAUGACCUGGAGGGCCUCCCAGCACCCACACAUUCCCUCUGUACCGGCGACACGGGCUUUUGUCAUCCCCUUAACGGGUCUUACCAGUGCCCCCUCAGAGUCUUUGCUCCUGCCCGCGGGGGCCAUCCCAGCCCGUUUAGCUCCCGCCCGGCCUUGGCAGCUCAGGUCCAGGAAGCCAUCCAUCUCUGUCUACAGAGUAAGGAAGGUUCUUUCUGUCCCCGAGUCCUUGUAGCUAGUAAGACGGCACAGUGUGCGGUUAUGGGUAUAAGGCCAUCAUCUCUGUUGAGCUGUAAGCUCUCAGGACUGUGUCCUCCGCCUGCUUGGGCCCCUUUCCCUAACACCGUGCCUACCGUGCUCCAUACACAUUGAUCGAAUGAACAUACAACUUUAAAGACUGUGAGGAGGACGGCCAUCAACUACCCUUCACUUCCGCACGCUGCAGCAAGAGGGUCUGGUGAGGCUUUAUAAAGGGCUGCCUGCAGCGAAGAUCAGCAGAAACUGUGGACUGUGGGCUCACCCGCUCAAGAGGUGCUAGAGCAAACCCCAAGUCCCCGCCCUGGCCGUCUGAGCCGCCUUGCUGGAGACGGGCUGCGGCCCAGCGGGGGAGCCCGCCCUCUGGCCCAGGAGGCGGCUACUGAAGCUUACUGGAUGUCUCGAGGGACCUUUCCGGAGGCUCCAGCGAGGUAGAUUUCUUCCUGCCCAGGUUCAUUAGGUUGCUCAGUUUGAGGCCAGCAGAACAUUUCUUCUUGACUGUCAAGAUGAGAGGAAAAACCUUCAGCCUUGCACACAGCCUACCGAUGUGCGCUCAUGGAUGACGGAAAAAUUAGCAGACCUGUCCCUGUCCUGUCUGCCCCUCCCUGUGCGCGCACAGGUCUGUGCCCCAGACUCGGAUCCACAGGGCAGUCAGGUGUCUCUAGAGGCACACCAACCUCUCCUACAGAACACGUCAGCACUGGAGAAUCCUUACAGACUGAAUGGGUUCAGAGAGAUCUGAACUAGGGUUAGCAAACGAGAUGAAAGAAUAUUCUACCCCCAGCAAUUCAUGGAACGUAACUUCAGUUUGGUCCUCUCUCCUUUUUUCCGCGAUCUAUCAGCUGUAUACUUCUAAGCAGUUUAGAAACUGGAGGCAUGCUGGAAUGAGCUGUUAAAAUUCGGUAGGGUUGAGCCAGACAGCCGAGCCUCAAAGCCCGGGAUACCACCCCUCCCAACCCUAGGCUGAGAGCCAGAGCGUUUGUACCGUCUUUGGUCUCUGGGACCUCAGGGUGGCCAUCUAUGGAGCUUCCAUAGUCCGAGGCUGACAGGUACUUCUCAGUUACAUCUGGCUGUGGAAGAGAGAGACAAGUGGGUGAUCUUGUCUGGGAAUGGUUACCUGGGAGACCACAAUUUAAGGGAAAAUAAUAGAUGACUCUUGGGUGUAGGCUAGGGGUCACC